AUGUCUAGAUCUACAGACUUUGUUCAUUCCCCUCAACUAGCAGAUGAAGCUCGUAUCGACCGGGAUAGACGACUAAUCGAUCUUCUUGGACCGUCGACUGAGGUUUCCCAGCAAGCACAGAGGCUAUCUCUAUCUCUAGGUUCAGAACAUUCCAGGCAAAGAUCAUUAAAUUCAUCAAAUUUUAUUAGUCCUGGUUACAUGAUAUCUGGAGAAGCAGCAAGAGAAUCUUGUAACAUGGGACAUGAUAGAAUGGCUAAUGAUUUUUCUUUCACCGGAAAUGCCUUUUCUCCGAUAAAUCAAUCUUGUUCGACAUCGUAUGGAACUGAAUCAUUUGCUGCUGCAGUUGGGAGCUCAAAAUAUUUGAAGCCAGCUCAAUCCCUUCUGGAAGAAAUGGUUAGUGUUGGAGGAAAGGACAUGGAUUUGAGCAACCAGAAAUACGUCGAGAAAUUAUCUCGUGGCUGCAAGGAAGGCUCUUUUGGACUCUCCUUUGAACUCAAAGCAGAGUUAUCGAACAAUGAACUGUUGAUGGAAAAACAUGAAACUUAUCUCAACCUCGUAAAGCUUAUUGCCUUGCUUGAGGAGGUGGAAAGACGAUACGAGGAUUAUUAUCAUCACAUGGAGAAAACAGUUGCAUCAUUUGAGAUUAUAGCAGGUUCAGAAGCAGGAAGAACUUACACUGCUCUUGCACUCCAUGCCAUGUCCAAACACUUUUGCAGCUUAAGGAAUGCAAUUUUAUUUCAAAUUCGGGGGACACGAAGACAGAUCACCAAAGACAUGCCGAGAAUUAGCUCGGGUUUGUCUGAACUAAGCUUGUCUGAUCAAGAAGCAAGACAUAAUCGAACGUCACUUCAACAGCUCGGAAUCAUCCAAACAUCACGACAAAUGUUUAGACCGAUCAGAGGACUACCCGAGACUUCUGUGACAAUUCUUCGUGCUUGGCUCUUUGAACACUUCCUGCAUCCUUAUCCUAGUGACUCGGAAAAGCUUAUGUUGGCAUCACAGACAGGCUUGACAAAGAACCAAGUUUCCAACUGGUUCAUAAAUGCUCGAGUUCGACUAUGGAAGCCUAUGAUUGAAGAAAUGUAUAAAGAAGAAUUUGCAGAGUCUUCAACAGAAUCAGAUCAAGUAUUGACAAGCAGUUCCACCACAAGGGAAGGAGUUGGGGAUUCUGCAGAGGACUUGAGCUAA